UUUCGGUUGUACGAACUAAACAAGGACUCAGAGCUUCUAAUUCAUGUAUUUCCUUGUGUACCAGAACGGCCUGGCAUGCCUUGCCCAGGAGAAGACAAGAGCUCAUUGUGCCAUCUGCACUGACCGAAUAUGGGGCCUGGGUCGCCAGGGAUAUAAAUGCAUCAAUUGCAAACUCCUUGUUCACAAGAAGUGUCACAAACUUGUCGCUAUUGAAUGUGGCCGUCAUACACUACAGCCAGAACCAAUAAUGCCUAUGGAUCCAUCAUCAGUGCAUUCAGAUAAUGUAGAAUCAGUGAUUCCAUACAAUCCUUCAAGUCAUGAGAGCUUGGACCACGUUGGUGAAGAAAAAGAGGCGAUGAGCAUUAGAGAAAGCGGCAAAGCUUCCUCCAGUCUGGGUCUUCAGGAUUUUGAUUUGCUCCGAGUUAUAGGAAGAGGCAGUUACGCUAAAGUACUGCUUGUGCGACUGAAGAAAACGGAACGCAUUUAUGCCAUGAAAGUGGUGAAGAAAGAACUCGUCAACGAUGAUGAGGAUAUUGAUUGGGUUCAGACAGAGAAACACGUCUUUGAACAGGCUUCAAAUCAUCCCUUUCUUGUCGGACUGCACUCUUGCUUCCAGACAGAAAGCAGGUUAUUCUUUGUUAUAGAGUAUGUAAAUGGAGGAGAUCUAAUGUUUCACAUGCAGAGACAGAGAAAGCUGCCGGAGGAGCAUGCCAGGUUUUAUUCUGCUGAAAUCAGUCUAGCAUUGAACUAUUUACAUGAACGAGGAAUAAUCUACAGAGAUUUAAAACUGGAUAAUGUGCUACUGGAUUCUGAAGGGCAUAUUAAACUCACAGAUUAUGGCAUGUGCAAGGAGGGUCUGAGGCCUGGGGACACAACCAGCACAUUCUGUGGGACUCCAAACUAUAUUGCACCUGAAAUUCUCCGGGGAGAGGAUUAUG